ACCGUGCGGAAGAUGCGCCGGCUAAUUAAAACCGCCUGAAAAUGCGUUUGGAAGCAAAGGAAACGUGUUUCCAUUCACUGCAGUUUUAAUAACAAUUUUAAUAACGAUGUCUUUUAGCUAAUUUACAUGUAUAAUUCAGGCUUGACAUGUCCUGACUCAAUCACGUAACAUUAUUUAAGGAUGUUGGUUGGCUACAGCAGCAGUUCAGAGGAGGAAAGUGAGGAGGCAGCGGCGACCGCUCAAACCAAAAGCUGCUCUCCAAAGUGUCCAGAGGAGGAUGAUGGUGAGGAUGGCAGCCCAGCGAGGAAGAAACCCAAAACUGAGGAACAGGUUCCCAAAGCAAGCAGGCUGCCUCUUCCUGGCUGCCUGCUGGCCAUGUUUCCAGAGGACUUGGACUCACAGACUGAAGACCCCGCUCUUCAUGGUGGACGCAUCCGCUCCUUCAAACACGAGAGAGGCAACUGGGCCACCUAUGUUUAUUUGCCCUACCAUCCUGAGGAGGAGUUCAGGGACCUGCUGGAGGAGCUGCUCUCAGUAGCAAGGGCCCACAGCGUAGUUUUGCAGCCGCAGGAGGAGUUCCACCUGAGCGUGUCUCAGACUGUGGUGCUGAGACACCACUGGAUCCAGCCCUUCACACAGAGCCUCAGGGCAGGCCUUGUGCACUGCAAGAGGUUUGUGUGCUCAGCGGGGAGACUGAGGGUCUAUUGUAACGCUGAGAAAACAAGGACAUUUCUGGCGAUGGAAGUGUGUACCGGGCAUGCUCAGUUGUUGGACCUGGUCCAAGCGGUGGACAGAACAAUGACGGAGUUUCGCCUUGACACUUUCUAUAAGGAUCCAUCUUUCCACGUGAGCCUGGCGUGGUGUGUUGGAGACGUGACAGGACAGAUGGAGGGGUGCAUUCAGGAGCUGCAGGGUCUGGUUGAUGACCACGAAGAAGGACCAUUUCUGCUAUGCUUGAACUGCGUGGAGCUGCGCUGCAGGACAGGAAACAAGACCUUCUGCUUCCCUCUUGAGCCCUAAUGUUUGACAUAACAUCGGCCCUGACCACUGGACCUUUACAGCUGUGUCCUCCUGACCCACAUAUGAGCCAGAAACGUGAUUGAAUUAACAAUGAGAAUGAGUUGACUGAUAUGGUUAAAGCCAAAACAAGCCACGUUGGAAAUCCAAGAGAGAGACUCACCGUCAGCUGUCAUCAGCACGCAGCUUUGUGUGAUCUUCUUACAGAUGUUCACAAAGUUUGUGGCAGAUUAACCUGAUGGUCAACUUCACCAUUUAGUGAUGGAAUGACAAUGUGUAGUAUUCUUUUAAUAACUACUGACAGAUAGGUGGUAUGUUCCAACAUUGUACUUUUCUACAUUAUUAUAAUACUGUAUAUAAAUA